AGUGAACCGCUCAAGCUCACAGGCAUUGACGUCUCAGUCCGAUAUUUUAAGAGGACGCCUGGUUCUGAAUGAUUACAUAAGGGAUUUGCCGUGCUGUCGCCAGUUCGAAUAGAUAUGGCCAGCUUCCCAAAUCUCCGACGACUCUUCAUCGAUGCCAGGUCGGACGACGAAGAACGAGAAGUGUCACGGCGCGCUGUAAGUACUCAGUUUUAUCACCGCUUCUUGACAUUCAUUAAGCAUCAAAGAUGGCUACUCGGAACUGACAUAGCCCAGUUCUACAAUGCCGUCUUGUUCAUGGGGUCGGUCGCGGUUUUUAGUUUGAUAGCUCAGCGCAUGAAUGCUACAAAAUAGCGAAACGUUAAGAACGCCGUGACCACGAUACCAUCCAUAACGUACUUUGAACCAUGGCACACC